GGGGUGGAGGCCAGCCACGCCUCGGCAGAGGCGGGCCGGGCCGAGCCUAUUUGAGGCGUUGAGCCACCGCCCGGUCAGGGCUCGCACCACCUCAGCAGAAGCCGCGCGGGUAGCAAGCGAGCUAGCGCCGAGGCGUCGGGAAAAUGGCAGACAGUUUUUCACUUAAUGAUGCUUUAUCUGGGUCUGGAAACCCAAACCCUCAAGGAUGGCCUGGUCCAUGGGGAAACCAGCCUGCUGGAGGCUACCCAGGGGCCUCCUAUCCUGGUGCCUACCCUGGACAGGCCCCUCCUGGUAGCUACCCUGGACAGGCCCCUCCUGGUGGCUAUCCUGGUCAGGCACCUCCUGGAGCCUACCCUGGACAGGCCCCUCCUGGUGGCUAUCCUGGUCAGGCCCCUCCUGGCGGCUAUCCUGGUCAGGCACCUCCUGGUGCCUAUCCUGGUCAGGCACCUCCAGGAGCCUACCCUGGCCCAACAGCACCUGCUUAUCCUGGACCACCUGCACCAGGAGCCCACCCUGGGCAACCGAGUGGGCCUGGGGCCUACCCACCUCCUGGACAGCCAAGUGCUCCUGGAGCCCACCCUGCUGCUGGCCCCUUUGGCAUCCCUGCUGGACCACUGACCGUGCCUUAUGACCUGCCUUUGCCUGGAGGAAUCAUGCCUCGCAUGCUGAUAACAAUUCUGGGCACAGUAAAGCCCAAUGCAAACAGACUUGCUUUAGAUUUCAAGAGAGGGAAUGAUGUUGCUUUCCACUUUAACCCGCGCUUCAGUGAGGACAACAAGAGAGUCAUUGUUUGCAAUACAAAGCUGGAUAACAUCUGGGGAAAGGAAGAAAGACAGGCGACUUUCCCCUUUGAAAGUGGUAAACCAUUUAAAAUACAAGUGCUGGUUGAAUCUGACCACUUCAAGGUUGCGGUCAAUGAUGCUCACUUGUUGCAGUACAAUCAUCGGAUGAAAAAUCUCCAGGAAAUCAGCAAACUGGGAAUUUCUGGUGACAUAGAUCUCACCAGUGCUUCACAUGCUAUGAUAUAAUCAUAAAGGGGAAGAUUAAAAAAAAAAAGAAAUUGAAUAUAAACCCUUACACAUUGAAACUUCAUGUUUCCUGACUGAAAAAUUUUACCUUUAUUCAUCACUGUCCUUCUUGUAAAUCAUCCAUUUAAUAAACAUUCUAAGAGUU